UUGAAGGAAUCCCACUUAUUGUUUGCCAAGUGUCGUCCUAUAAUAUACAUCCAUAUGUAUACUUGAGUUCAAUCUCGCAUCAUACUCUUUGCUGUCUCUCAAUUGAAAUCAUAGAUAAAAUCCAUUUAUACUGGUCGAUUUCUUGCUGGAUUGUCUUCUGUCGUGUUUUCAAGUUCCGUGUUUAGCAGUGAAAUCCAGACGAAUGGUGUAAUAUCUAUUCUGUCGUGUUUUUCUAUUAUCUUUAUUCUGGGUUUGAACAAGCCGCGUGUUUGUGUACCAGUGAAAACUUGGGAAACCAUGUCAAAUCAAAAAAAAUAGUCAAAAGUCAAAAUCUGGAACAGUGAAAAAGAGGCAGAUUUUAUUAAUAUUUUUGACAAAGAUCCUUAACUCAUUGUCUUGGGAUUUCAACAAGUUACCUUUCUUUCACAUUCUUCUUUUUACCCAUAAACAGUGACAAAAACUUGCGAAUUCAAGCAUCACUAGAAUUCCUCUUGUUCCUUUUCUUUGAGGUCACCUUUUUCAAUACACACAAAGAACGCAUAACCCCUUUUCUUCCUACUGAUUUUUUUGCUAUUUUAUUGUAAUUUCUUGUGUAAAAAUCAUGGAUCCCAAGGGCUCAAAGCAGCCGCAGGAGGUAUCAAGUUUCUUGAAUAACAGCACAGGGAUGAGCGAGAAUAAGUCAGCAGAGAUGAAGGAUUUUCAGAUUGUGGUUGCAGAGAAAGAAGAAGGGAAGAAACAGGCACUGGCACCCAAGAGAAGCUCGAGUAAAGAUAGGCACACGAAAGUUGAAGGUAGAGGGAGGAGGAUAAGGAUGCCAGCCCUUUGUGCUGCAAGAAUUUUUCAGCUGACCAGAGAAUUGGGACACAAAUCUGAUGGAGAAACUAUACAGUGGCUGUUACAGCAAGCGGAGCCAUCGAUAAUAGCUGCUACAGGGACGGGGACUAUACCGGCAUCGGCUUUAGCAGCAGCCGGGGUUUCUAUUUCCCAGCAGGGGAACUCUAUAUCAGCAGGGAUUCACCAAAAGAUGGAUGAAUUUGGUGGGCAUAUGGGGGGGUCAGGUGGGGGAGGGGGUGGGAAUAGGUCCAGUUGGCCUAUGGUAAAUUUGGGGAGACCCCAUAUGGCAAGUGCAGGGAUAUGGCCCCCUGCUGUCAGUGGUUUUGGAUUUCAGUCAUCAUCAUCAUCAUCUUCUGGUCCAUCAACAGUUAAUCUGGGUAGUGAGGGUUCUAAUUACUUGCAGAAGAUUGGGUUCCCAGGGUUUGAUUUGCCAUCAAGCAAUAUGGGGCCAAUGAGUUUUACCUCAAUUUUGGGUGCUACAAACCAGCAGCUUCCAGGAUUGGAGCUUGGGCUAUCCCAAGAUUCUCAUAUUGGGGUUUUGAAUCCUCAAGCAAUGAACCAGCUUUACCAGCAGAUGGGAGAGUCUAGGAUGCACCCUCAACAGCAGCAGCAUCAGCUUCAGCAGCAACCAUCUCCCAAGGAUGAUUCUCAGGGAUCGGGACAGUAGAUUGGUUCGAAAUACAUAUUCAAGUUUCGAAAAGCACGAAAAAUGAAGAGGUAUCUUUGCGGAGAAGAUGGAUUUUGUGGAUGAUUUGGUUUCUUUCACUGUAACUAUCCAAGAAUUCUAAAAGGUGUGCAUUUGGUUUGCUCAUCCUUCCUUCUCCCAGGCCUACAGCUUCAUCCCAUUCUCCAGAUACAGAAUUGCUUAUGCUCUGAAAUCUGGAGGUGGAACUGUGCCUACUGCCUACGAAGUCAGGAAUUGAGCUAAUGUUUUUGUUUAUCUUCAAGGGUGUGUUCAUCAUAGUUUAAAGGAUCUUUCCAUUAUUUUGGUGAUAUAUAUGUAUAUUUGGUAUAUUACCUAAUUUAUUGUGUGAAAAGAGGAAACAAGGAAUUAUGUGCUUACAAUCCUAUAUUUUGCUGAAGCAAUUGAUGUUCAUUCGUUGCA